UAGUAUUUUUUACUACGAUUUCUUGGACGAGAUGACAAGAACACUCAACGCAAUCAUUCUAAAUAUAAAGGAGUAGAUUUUGACCAACAAGCUAUCAGAACUCACCCAAAUCUUCAACUGUAACGAUCAAUCCGAUCUCCACCCAAACAACAAUCAUGAAGUGCAUCGCAGCUGUAGUCAUGAUGGCUUUGGCCGUUGUUGCUGAGGGAGGUUACGUCCCGCUGGCCUACUCGGCUCCCCACACCACCGUUGUCCAGCAGAACGUGGCCCCACGGUACGUCGCUUCGGUUCCGGUGACCUACGCCGCUGCUCCGUACACCACCUACGCCGCCGCUCCAGUUGCCUACUCUGCCUACUCCGGAUACACCGCCCCAGUGGCCACGACCUAUGUCCAGAACUCCGUCGUUCCCCAGUAUGCUGCUCCGGUGGCCUACGCUGCUGCCCCGGCCGUCCGUUACUCCGUCGACUCCGAGGUCGUUGAAGCUACCCCAGUUGUGGCCCCAGCUGCCACCGUUGUUGCCCAGCCCGCCGUGGCCGUGUACGCCCAGAAGGAAGCUCGCUAUGUGGCCGCCAACCGUGGAGCCGUCCAUGAUGCCCCACUCGCCGGACAUGCCGUGUCCCAGCAGUCGCUGAACCUGGAACCAGCUGCGGGAACCCUGUAAAGCGAUUGCUUGUUUUGUGAGCUGUGAUCGGAAACGGAAUACAUACCGUUAAUUGUAUUUCAUGUUUUUAAAGAAAGUCAACUAUCGUCAAAGUCAUGUUUUCUAUUUGAAUUGAAUAAAAAAUAGAUUUUUAUACAGCAAAAAA